AUGGCUGCUACCUUCAAUGCCGCACACUUGCGAGAGCGGCCCGCAGGGAGCAACGAGAACGUAUCCUCCGCUUCCAACACAGAUGGGAGCGAAUCAAGACCGACCUACCGCCCCAACUAUCUCGGAGGCACAGUGCUCGGAAUGAUAUCCAUUGGCGGUGUCAUUGGAACCGGCCUGUUCCUGGGCUCUGCGGAAGCGCUCAAAAACGGAGGUCCAAUCGGCGCUCUCAUAGGAUACAUGAUCGUGGGCAGCGUGGUUUAUUGCCUGUGCACCUCUGUGGGUGAGAUGAUUGCCUUCUUACCCAACGUGGGCGGUGUGGUUGGCCUGGCAGACCUUUAUGUCGAUCCUGCGCUCGGGUUCUCGUUAGGUUGGGCGGCAUGGUAUAACUGGAGUGUCACUUUGCCCGCCGAGAUCACUGCCGCGGCACUCGUGAUCGGUUAUUGGGACAAGACACUCUCCACACCUCUCGUGAUGGUCGUUUCUGGCAUGUUUCUGCUGGUGGCGACAAUUAUCAACUGCUUUCCAUCCAGAGUUUAUGGUGAAAUGGAAUUCUACUUGUCGUUCUUGAAAGUACUCACUAUCGUGGUUACCGUUAUAUCUUGCCUUCUUAUCGACUUGGGUGCAUCCCAUCAAGGGGUCAUUGGACUCCACAACUGGAUUGAACAGCCUUUUGCGAAAGAAUAUCUUGGUAUCGGCGGCGCACUGGGCCGCUUCUUGGGCUUCUACGCCGUGAUCAUGCAAGCAUCGUUCUCUUUCUUUGGCUCCGAGGUCCCUGGUAUCGCUGCCGGGGAAGUCAUAGAUGCUUCAAGGAACGUCCCGCGUGCUCUACGGAAAGUAUGGAUUCGAAUCACACUCUUCUACGUAGGAGGCAUCCUCGCGGCAGGCCUUCUCGUCCCUGCUAACGACGGCGACCUCAACUCCGACGUCCAGAACGGCGCUUCUUCCCCGUUCGUCAUCGCCUUCAAACGUGCCGGAUGGAAAGUCCUCCCUGACGUGCUGAACGCCGCGAUCCUCGUCUCCGCGUGGUCCGCCGCGUCUUCGGACAUCUACAUCUCCUCCCGCUUCCUCUUCUUCCUCGCCCGCCGCGGCCACGCGCCCACCUUCCUCGCCCACCUCUUCCGCUACCCGCGCCCGCGCGCCGUGCACUCCGCCCAGUCCGACUCAUCCGCCUCGUACGCGUCCGACUCCGAGCUCGACUCGGACACGGAGGCCCACGGGGAGGAGGUCGUGCCGCGGAGCGAGCCGAUGUACGUGAUGCCGCUCGCGAGCGUGCUCGCGAGCGCGUCCGUCGGGCUCCUCACGUUCCUGAGCUACAACACGGGCAGCGCGGCGACGGUGUUCAACUGGCUCGUCUCCGUGGCGAGCGUGGCGUCGCUGCAGUCGUGGGCGGGGAUGCUGUACACGUACAUCCGAUGGCACCAGGGGACGGUGUAUUACGAGAAGAGGUUCAAGGCGGCGGACACUUCUCCCGAGGCGGAGGAGGCCAGGGCGCAGAUAAAGCAGAUCAAGAUCCAUCGGCAGUGGGGGCAGCCAUACCUCGCAUGGUACGCUUUCGGGAUGUGCAUACUCGUUCUCUUCACGAAUGGCUGGUCUGUUUUCGUGCACAACGGAUGGAAAGUGGCGGAAACGCUUUCCGACAGCAUUCCAUACGACGCUAGCCAGAGGAUCUCUCAACCCGUCUCAGUGUUCCUUUCGUCAUAUAUCCCACUGCCUAUCUUUGUCCUGCUUACAUUCGGGUACAAGCUCAUUAAGCAGACGGAGAUGAUGCCAUUGGAUAAGAUGACCUUCUUCCGCGGGCAUGUUCCUCCACCGCCGCAAGAGUACGUGACAACUGGGUUCCUGGAGCGAUUCCUAGCUUGGUUGAUGGUAAUCUAA